CUCCUCCUCCCCUCCUUCUCCUCCCGUCGCCCUUCUUCCGUGACCUCGCCCCCGCCUGUCGUGAUGCCUCCUCCCGUGACGCCACCGCCAGUGAAGGCGCCUCCUCCCGUGACUUCGCCCCCGGUCGCGGCGCCCCCGCCAGCAACGCCCCCGCCAGUGGCCGCCCCGGCUGAGGCGCCAGCGGUGCUCCCCCCAAUGGCGACGCCGCCGCCGGUGGCCGAGGCGCCGGCUGUGGUGCCUCCGGCCGGGGCGCCGUCCAAGAGCAAGAACAAGCACAAGAGAAAGAGGAGAGGGAAGAAGAAGUCGCCCGCCCCUGCCCCGGAGCCGCUCAGCCCGCCGACCCCCAUCGCGCCCGAGCCCACCACCAUCAAGGACAUGUCCGGCCCUGCGCCCUCCACCAACGAUCUGAGCGGGAGCGGCCGGCAGUACGCGCACUGGGGGAUCGUCGUGCAGACCGCCAUGGCCGCGCUUCUGCUGUCACUAGCCUGGUGAACGUGAAACCCAACAGAGAGAUGCAUCCGUC